AUGUGUUACUGUUCCACUCCCACCGCCACGGCCAAAACCCCCGAUCAAGACAACGGAGACACAAGUAUUGCAGCCAUCCAUCCCGAUAUCAUUCAAUCCCACAUCUUGAAUAGGCUUGAUGGACAAACCCUUGCUUCCACCACCUGUGCUUCAACACAAUUACAUUCUCUCUGCACGGAAGAUACUCUGUGGCGAGAUCUUUGUAACUCCACCUGGCCCUCCACCGGCGACCGCCGUGUAAACGAUGCCAUUUCUCACUUCCCUUCUGGCCACCGUUCGUUCUACUCGCAAUCUUUCCCUACCCUCCACCACCUCCCCCGCUCCCAAAAAUCCCAUCGACACCGCCCGCCACCGGAAACGACAGAAUUAAUAUCAGCAGUAGAUAUUUACUAUGAUGAAAAGUUAUUAUACUCCAAAGUCAUGGUAACUGAAACUCUUUCGGGGUGGUUCUUGUGUUCGCCCUUCAGCCUUGACCUUCUGGAACGGAAAGAGACGGUGCCAGCGCCGGUGAAUUUCGACGGAGACGAGGGCGCUUGCCUUGCACUUCUGGAGCAGCACAUGAGAGUAUCCUGGAUUCUGAUAGACCCAAAACAGAAACGUGCAGUGAACGUGGCAAGCACGACCCCGGUGGAAACACGGCAGCACUGGCUAACCGAGGACAUACGGCUUCGUUUCACCACCGUGAUGCCCUCCGGCGGUGGGGAUUUUGUGCAGUGUGGCGUGGUGGUUACUUGCGGCGGGAAAGACGGAGAAGAAUUACAGGUAAAGGAAGUGACACUGCAGGUGGAGGACAUGGAUGGGAAAAUCUUGAAUGGGAGUGACAGUUUGGGAAUUUUACAUGACGCCAUGGAUGGAGAAAGAAGAAAAAGUAACAGAGAUAUAGAGAGAGAAAGUUAUGAGCAGUUCUUGAAGAUGAAGCUACAGUAUAGAGAGAGAAAGCAGAGGCGAGAGAGGAGCUUGGACAUGAUCUUUAUUGCUACUGGAGUGGCCAUUUUUCUCGCUGCCUCGUUCUUGAUUUUACUUCGUUAA